AUGUCUCCACUUCUAUUUGUGAUUUGUAUGGAGUAUCUUUCGAGGCUUCUUUUUUAUGCUAGUACUCAGCAGGGGUACAUGUUUCAUCAUAGAUGUAAGGGUAUAGCUCUUAAUCAUUUGGUUUUUGCUGAUGACUUGAUUGUCUUUUGUAAAGGUGAUUAUGAGUCUAUCAUGUGGAACUUGAGAUCCCUAGCUACUUUUGCUGCUUCCUCUGGUCUUAAUGCUAAUGCAGGUAAAUCUGCAAUCAAUACUUGUAAUAUGGAGGAGGGCGUCAAACAGCAGGUGCUAAGAGAGACUAGAUACAAGGAGGAGUCACUUCCAUUCUCCUAUCUUGGUGUAAAUAUUAGUGCAAAGAGGCUUGGGAAAGAUGACUGCCAAUUCCUAAUUGACAAGAUUACUGCCAAGAUCAAAACAUGGGGGACCAGAUCUUUAUCUUAUGCUGCUUGUAGGAACUUCCUAUGGGAUGGUAAGGAAAAUAGUUCUAAAACUGUUUUGAUUGCUUGGGAUCUGAUUUGCAGGGACAAAAAGAUGGGAGGUUUGGGGUUUAAGGAGAGCCAUACUUGGAACACGGCCAUGUUGGAUCAAAAUGAGAUUGACUGGGACAAAUGGGUGUGGAAUAGACUUAAUAUCCCAAAGCAUAAUUUUGUGUGUUGGCUUAUUAUGUGGAAGAGAUUGAACACAAGGGAUAGAUUGAGGAAGAUGGGUUUGCAGAAUUUUCAGAUCAUUCCAGAUUUUACAGAUUUGCAGGGCUUCAGCCAAUGGCUUUGUAAGCCUUUGAAGGGAGCCUUUAGAGGCCAUGUGGUCCAGAGUGUGUUUGCUGCGCUCCUUUACCAUGUAUGGAUGCAGAGGAAUGGCGCUAUAUGGUAUGGUUGCAUUGCUUUCCAUGAUGUUAUUGUUAGGAGAAUAAAGCAUGAUGUGUUCCUUAGGAUUACUGGUGUGUUACCUAGGAAGAUGAUUGCGUCCUUCCCUUGA